AUGGACGGGCCUAGAGACCCGACCACAAGUGCUGAAGAUGAAGAGACGCAGAGACCCUUCCGACACACGACCGCCAAGCCAACAUAUCUAUACUCUGGUCUCUCAUCUCUCUCUCUUCGGGUUUUCGACUCGUCGUCUGCGUCUCCCCGACUCUCUGCUCCUCCUUCCCGAUUGACUGGACCGAGACGCGAGGAACUCAAUUUCGCGCCGAGCCUCCUUUCCCGAAUUUAUUAA